UAUGGGAUUAGAUUUACCUCAUGGUGGUCAUUUAUCUCAUGGUUAUCAAACUCCAACCACUAAGAUUUCUUAUAUUUCAAAAUAUUUCCAAACUAUGCCAUAUAGAUUAAAUGAAGAAACUGGUAUAAUUGAUUAUGAUACUUUAGAAGCUAAUGCCAUUCUUUUUAGACCAAAAGUCAUUGUUGCAGGUGCUUCUGCUUAUUCAAGAGUUAUUGAUUAUAAAAGAAUGAGAUCAAUUGCUGAUAAAGUUGGUGCUUAUUUAUUAAGUGAUAUGGCUCAUAUUUCAGGAUUAGUUUCAGCUGGUGUAACUGAUUCUCCAUUCCCAUAUUCUGAUAUUGUUACCACUACAACUCAUAAAUCUUUAAGAGGUCCAAGAGGAGCUAUGAUCUUUUUUAGAAAGGGGAUUAGAAAGGUUACUAAAAAAGGUAAAGAAAUUCCAUAUGAUUUAGAAAGAAAAAUUAAUUUUUCAGUUUUCCCAGCUCAUCAAGGUGGUCCUCAUAAUCAUACUAUUUCAGCUUUAGCAGUUGCUUUAAAACAAACUAGUUAUCCUGAAUAUAAACAAUAUCAAAAAUAUGUUGUUUCCAAUGCUAAAUCCUUUGCUGAUGCUUUAGUUUCCAAAGGAUUCAAAUUAGUAUCUGAUGGUACUGAUACUCAUUUGAUUUUAGUUGAUUUAAGAUCAAAAAAUAUUGAUGGAGCCAGAGUUGAAGCUGUAUUAGAAAGAGCUAAUAUUGCUGCUAAUAAAAACACCGUUCCAGGUGAUGUAUCUGCUUUAUUCCCAUCAGGUUUAAGAGUUGGUACUCCAGCCAUGACUACUAGAGGAUUUGGAGCUGAAGAAUUCGAUAAAGUUGCUGGUUUCAUCGAUAGAGCUGUUGAAAUCUCCUUACAUUUGAAAUCUCAAGAACAAGGUAAAGUUGCAAAGGAAUUACUUGCUUCAUUUAAACAAUUGGCUAAUGAAAGUGAAGAUGUUAAAGCUUUAGGUAAAGAAGUUUCUGAUUGGGUUUCAACUUACCCAGUUCCAGGUGAUUUAUAGGUUUAUUUUUUCUAUAUAUUCUCUUCAUGUAAUUAUCAUUAUACUUAAUACACACUAAAAAUAAUUUAAACUAAUUUU